AUGUGGCUGCUCCCGGUUCUGCUCCUUCUCAUCAUCCAAGGCCACUUCUCCAUCUGCCAAGAGGGGAUGGUGAGAGCCACAGAGUGGGGCACACUGACAGCUUAUUGUGAGUAUACCCCAGGAUGGGAAUCCUACAAGAAGUGGUGGUGCCACGGGAAGAACUGGAUUUACUGCAAAAUCCUUGUAAAAACCACCGGGACCAAUGAGCCAGUAAAGAAGGGCCGAGCAUCCAUCCAGGACAAUCCCAACCAACGCACAUUCACCAUGACCUUAGAGGAGUUCUGUCCAGAUGAUGCAGACACCUACUGGUGUGGGAUUGAGAGAACCGGCGUUGACCCAGUGUACAAAUUAUCUGUGAUUGUUGACCCAGCACCGGAUCCAACAGAUUUUCCCAAGCCUGUGAUGAGACCCACAACAGCCAGUUGGGAUUCCACAUUUCCAUUUACCCAGGGCAUCAACAGUACCCAGCUCGUGACUCUGAUCAACCCCGAUAGCAGGAAAGGGCGAGACCUCAAGGCCCAGCAGCCUGCGUGUUACCGCGUGGGAGCUCGGGCCCGCUGUCCCCGCCGCAGGGCUGAGUCACAGAGCGGCCCUUGGCAGCAGCCAGCACCCUCCCCACAGCCGCCGUGCCCACGGCAGAGGCAGCAUGUUCCUCUUUACUGUCUUGUCCGACCCUAG